AUGGCGCCCCCACAUGAUGGCGCCACUUCGAGUUCGCGACGACGUCCCCAAACUAGUCGAAACCUCCGCUCUUCCGCGUCUCAGACCAAGACCUUGAUGACGUUAUUGGCGGUCUCUUCAACCUUGAUGGUGCAAGCUCAGAACGCUGUCUACCCUCAACCUACGGAUAUCGCAGGCAGUGAGUCCUAGUACAGCUCAGACGAUUUGAGAACCCGCCGCUCGGGGUUUCGUUCGCGAUGCUCGGAAUGCCCUCUUGGAGCUGAGCUUCAUCGGACUAGCUCGGCAUCGCGGAGGGCGCUAUUCAUAGGCAUCUUUUACAUAACGCUUGACUGGGUAGACAAAGUACUGACGUCCAAUUGUGUUUAAAUUUCUACAGCUGGCCCCAAACCACCUGCCGUACAAAGUCCGGCGAUCGGCACCUGGGCCACUCCAAGCGCGCCCGUGACGGAUGGCAAUGGUGUUCACGUACCACCGGCUUCGGAAACGGGUCUCGGAAGACAAGCACACGUUCGAAGUCCAACGGAUUUCUGCGUAAGUCGUGCCGCUUGGCUUUCCCCAGAGGAACCUGGAGAUGAGACUCGCCAAGAUUUUCUCCUGCUUUUUGAACUGCUUUUUGAACUGACUUUUGCUCGCUUGUCCAACGUGACCACAGCUGUUCAUGCCCCCAGACCCAGUCACCGAGAAUCUCGUCGACGCCGAAGCAGAUGCCGUAGCCUACUGCUUCAAUGCCGUCAACGGUACGCGACCCAUGCCCGACGGCUUCGUGCAAACGGCCCAUUUCCGAAAAACGGCCGACUAUGUCCAAGUCAGCGGCACGUACGAUUGGCGCAAGAUGAACCUCAACCCUUACGACUGUGGAGGUGAAUACGACAACCACGGUCCAUCAGGCAAAGGGAACCCCGUGGGAGCAGCGAUCGAUGGCGGACAGGAUUUCUUCCAGUUCCUCGGAUCGUGCGAUACGGUCGGGGUAGGACAGUUCGUCAUUCGUUCUUGCUUCGGAUCAAGGUCGUAUCCGUAUUGUAGGAAUACGUUUGAUCUGAUGGGAUCGUUGUGGGUCGCUCCCGGGGAAUAUCGAGAACCUGGGUUCACGUCGUGUUCGGCCGAUUCGGAUCUACCCGUUGGGGUUUACAAUUCAUCGUACACGUUUGCGCAAGGGGAUCCGUACACUCCUCCGGCUGUGACGGCGCCUUCUUCAUCUAUGGUGAGUAACACGGAAGCCCCUCCUAGAGCGCGAAGUUGCGAGCUGACAUAUCUUGCGCGCCACUCCGAAACCUCAUCAGUGCUCAACCACCGCCUCGCCCUCCGCCUCGGGAGUGACCUACGCCUGGGCUCAAUUCGGCUAUCAACAAGCCAUUUCUGGCGGUGCAGCAUCGCCAACCGCCACUGGAUCCGCUUCUGCUACGACAGACAGUGUUGCGGUGGCUUCAUCGACGAUCACUUCCGCACCGACCGUGUCCGCAGCGGCUUCGACUACGACCCGACCUGCGGUUGCUACGCCGACGAGCAGUACGAGCGGUGCGAGGCAUCUCGUAGCUGCUGGAUCAGCACUGGGAAUGGUGUUCUUAUUGCUUGUGAUGGCGUUCGUGGCUUGA